AUGGCCACGCAUCAGGAACUCAACCGCAGCUUCAUGGCGGCGGCGGCGGUCGUCCUCCUCCUGGCCACGACGGCGCGGGCGGGGAUCGAGGAGGCGUGCCUGGGCGCGGCGAGCCGGGACUCGGCCGUGGACUACGCCCACUGCGUCUCGUCCCUGUCCUCGGACCCGCAGAGCCGGCGGGACGCGGCGGACAUGCACGCGCUGGCGGCGGCGGCGACGCGGAUGGCGAUCGAGCACGCGGCGGCGACGGAGGCGAGGUUCGACGGGCUGGGCGAGGCGGAGGAGUCCCCGCGCGCGCGGGCCAGGCUGGGGCACUGCCUGGAGGUGUACGGCGCCGCCACCGACGUGCUGCGGGACGCGCUGGACAACAUCCGGGCGCGCGUGUACGGGCGGGCCGUGGAGCAGAUCGCGGCGGCGCUGGGGGCGGCGGAGCGGUGCGAGGACGCGUGGAAGGGGGAGGAGGAGCAGCGGAAUGUCCCCGCCGUCGCCACCGAGCACGACCGGGAGUACGGCCGCUUGGCCACCGUCGCGCUCGGGCUCACCGCCGGCAUCGCCUGA